GCUUCUUUGUCGACCAUUCUCAUUCUCAUUUAAGGCUCUCGUUUUUUAUAUUGCCAUUUGCUCUCUAACAUUUUUCCAAACACAAUCGAUAGCCAAGACAAGACAAGUAUGCCAAACGACAACACCAAGGGCGAGCUUGGUAUGCACUGUGACGCAGGGCUCAGCCGCAGCCAGCGCACCACGCUGCUCUUCUCCGUCCAUGACAAGGUGGGCGCGCUCGACGAGUGUCUAUGCGCACUCAAGAAAGCGCAAGUCUCCAUGACACGCAUCGAGUCUCGUCCCAGCAAGUCGGUUGAGCCUGGGUACGACUUUUUCGUCGACAUUGAGGCGCACACCAAGGAUAAGGUCAUGCAAGUGAUCGACGAGAUCAAGCGCGUCGACAUUGUCCGCGACGUCUCGUACAUCGGCAGCCUAGAGGAGAAGGAGGCUGAUGCCGUGCCGUGGUUUCCGCGCAAAAUCAGUGACCUCGAUACGUUUUCUGACAAGGUGCUGGAGAUGGGAGAGGAGCUGUCGUCGGACCACCCGGGUGCUAGCGACCCGGUGUACCGCAAGCGCCGGCUGGAGAUUGUGCAGAAGGCCAAGGAGUACCGCACCGGCCAGCCGCUUCCCCACAUUGAUUAUACCGAGCAGGAGCGGGAGACCUGGCGGCAAGUGUACACCAAGUUGCGCGAAAUGCACCCUAAAUACGCAUGCCGCGAGUUCCUCCAUGUGUUUCCACUCUUGGAGCAGAACUGUGGCUACGGGCCAGACAACAUUCCGCAGAUCGAUGCCAUUUCGCGGUUCCUCAAGGACUGCACUGGCUUUACGCUGCGCCCGGUCAUGGGCCUGCUGACGCCGCGCGACUUUUUAAACAGCCUGGCCUUCCGCGUCUUCCACUCGACGCAGUACAUCCGCCAUCAUUCCCGACCAACCUACACGCCGGAGCCCGAUUGCUGCCACGAGCUGCUCGGCCACGUGCCGCUGUUCGCCGACCCCAACUUCGCCGAGCUGGCGCAGGAGAUCGGCCUGGCAUCUCUGGGCGCCUCAGACGAGGACAUCCAAAGGCUGGCGACCAUCUUUUGGUUUACCGCUGAGUUUGGUCUUUGCCGCGAAGGCGCAGAUGUCCGUGCGUACGGCGCUGGGCUGCUGAGCUCGUUUGGCGAGCUGGAGUACGCACUGACAGAAAAGCCUGAGCACCAGUCGUUUAACCCCUCACUGACAUCUUCACAAAAGUACCCGAUUACAGAGUACCAGCCCGUGUACUUUGUAGCCGACAGCUUCCGCGAUGCUACUAACAAGAUGCGUGAGUUUAAUUCGACCAUGCACCGCCCGUUCCAGGUGCGCUAUAACCCGUACACGCAGUCCGUCGAGGUGCUGGACUCCAAGGACAAGGUCCAGCACCUCGCCCAGUCCAUCCGCAACGAAAUGCAGCUGCUGGCCAACGCGCUCGAGCUAGUGUAAGCUCUUCAAUUACUUUUCAAAUAGUUUGUUUAGUACUACCUUUUCCACUUCAAUUUAUAUAUAUAUUUUUGUUUAAGC